GUUCGCAUGAGCGGAUUCGUGCUAUAGACCGUUUUGCCGACUGGGAGAAUCACUGAAGACUUGUGAAUUUUCGCAAUAAUAGACUAGACUUCAGCAUAGAGAGCUCUCUUGCGCAUCCUUUCAACACGAGGUUAAGCUUUUCUUUUUCAUAUGCAGCCAGAAAAUCACUGCUUGCAGCUUUAGAAAAGAUUCUGAAGGAUUUUACUGAUUGUCUAAGGAUCUAUAACUGUCACUGUUGUGAAUACUUUUGAGCAUUAGAUCCUGCGGUGAUCUAACAGAAAAGAACAAAACAUUGAAUUGUAAUCUUUGAUCAUUACUUUUAAGUGCGCGCACACGGAGAACACGAGCGAAGCGCACAAUUGAGGAUCGGGAAGUAGUUUUGCAGGACCUUGCCUUGUUUUUAUACAAUGUUGAAAUCUUAAGGCAUGAUGUCCAAGACAAGUCACUGAGAUGCCCAUAAACCUGCUUGCGCUGUAACUGCCACCUGGAAACUCAGCCUGCGAGCUCCAACUGAUCCUGUUCAAUACCAUCAUUUGGAUUGCUUUUGCAACAGAAAUGAUCAUGCGAUGAGUAAGCUCGAUUUGGGCACAUUGUCAGAAGCAAUUACAGGGGGUGAAUGAUGGCUGAAGAUGGAGGAAAUAUAUCCGAGGAUCAUCAGUUGAGGGAAGCAGAGGGUAGCUCCUCUCUUCCAAGGACUUUUAUACGACUUAACGACCUGUCCGGUGGCGGGGAGCGCAGUGAGCUUGAGUCUGAUGGAGGCGAGAGGCGGGAGAGCGCAGCUGGAGCAGCCGCGGAGGAGGCGUCCGCGUGCGGCGGGGAACCCUUGCCCUAUCCGACUCUGGCACCGGUUGUGUUUUUCUAUCUGAAGCAGACCACGCGCCCAAGGAGCUGGUGUCUGAAAAUGGUUUGCAAUCCAUGGUUCGAGAGGGCCAGCAUGUUGGUAAUCCUGCUGAACUGCGUUACUCUGGGGAUGUUUCAACCUUGUGAGGACAGCCACUGUGACACUGAGCGAUGCAAGAUACUGGAGGACUUUGAUGAUUUCAUCUUUGCUUUUUUUGCUGUGGAGAUGGUAAUCAAGAUGGUUGCGCUGGGCAUCUUUGGGAAAAAGUGUUACCUUGGAGACACCUGGAAUCGGCUAGACUUCUUCAUUGUGUUGGCUGGGAUGCUGGAAUACUCUCUCAACCUGCAGAAUGUUAGUUUCUCUGCGGUCCGAACGGUCAGAGUACUUCGACCUCUCCGGGCUAUCAACCGAGUACCAAGCAUGAGGAUCCUUGUGACGCUUCUGCUGGACACUCUCCCCAUGCUGGGCAAUGUGCUGCUGCUUUGCUUCUUUGUUUUCUUCAUCUUUGGGAUUGUAGGGGUCCAGCUGUGGGCCGGGCUUCUGCGAAACCGCUGCUUCCUCCCAGAAAACUUCUCCCUGCCUACCAGUCUAGACCUGCAUAACUACUACCACACAGAAAACGAUGAUGAAAACCCAUUUAUCUGUUCUCAACCACGGGAGAAUGGCAUGCGCCUGUGCACCUCCAUCCCCACACUUUAUGAAGAGGGCCAACAGUGCCAGCUGGACAUGGCUGCAUACAAUAGCACAGACAACUCCACCUGCGUCAACUGGAACAAGUAUUACACCAACUGCUCAGCCGGAGAGGCCAAUCCCUUCAAGGGGGCCAUAAACUUUGACAACAUUGGUUAUGCCUGGAUUGCCAUCUUUCAGGUUAUUACUCUGGAGGGCUGGGUGGACAUCAUGUACUUUGUUAUGGAUGCUCACUCUUUCUACAAUUUCAUCUACUUCAUCCUCCUGAUAAUAGUGGGCUCAUUCUUCAUGAUCAACCUUUGUCUAGUUGUCAUAGCGACACAGUUCUCUGAGACCAAGCAGCGGGAGAGUCAGCUUAUGAAGGAGCAGAGAGUGCGCUUCAGGUCCAACGCCAGCACCCUGAACAGCUUCUCUGAGCCAGGAAGCUGCUACGACGAGCUCCUCAAGUACCUAGUUCAUGUCAUCCGCAAGGGCACCAGGCAAAUCGGCCACCUCAUCCGGGCCGCCGGGCGCCGUGCAGGCCUGCGGAUCUGUGCUUCUCCGGCGCUGGAACCACCACCCACGAAAAGACGGCAUCAGAAACAGCGCCAGGGAUCCAUCCGUCCCGUCAUGCACCAUCAUCAUCACUUCCACCAUCACUACCAUCUGGGAAAUGGGAGCGUCCGUACUGAUGGGGGCAGAGAAGGGGACAUCCAGAGUUCCCAAAGUGUCAAUGCCAGCAACUCUGGGCAUCUCAUUCGACCUGUCAUUGUACCUCAGCAGGAGCCCCUUUGUGGGUCUCUGGGUCCCAGUGGUGCAGAAUCAGUGCAUAAUGUUUAUCAGACUGCGGGCCACCUCGAGCCUCUGCGCUGCAGCCCAUCACCUUGUUCCAUGGUGUUUCAGGCGUAUAAAAGGAACUCUGUGCCAUUUGCGGCUCCAGUGCAUAAGAACUACCCCACGUUACAGUCAUCUCUGGCCUUAGAGCAGCUCAGACAGAGAAUCCUGGAGCCAGGAGGAGGCAGUUGCACUGCUAGUGUCCUUACCAACCUAAACAUCCCCCCAACUCCCAUCAACACCUCACAGUGCCUGGUGGAGACACAAGGUCCUCCUGGCAAGAUCAUCUUUAAGGAUGCGCUCCUGAGUCGCAGUGGCACAAACUUAGACACAACUUUGACCUUUGACCCCGAGACAUGUCCGUAUUGCGCCAAAUCGAUGGCUAAUGACUCCGAGGGAGUGGAUGGGAUUGAGACGGCAGACUCUGACAGUGAGGGCGUGUACGAGUUCACACAGGAUGCUCAUUAUCGGGACAGCAGAGAUCCCAACAGGAAGAAGAAGUUGUUUGCAUUAGGAGCCCGGGCAGCAAAGGUGGUCCUUUUCUGGAGGCUGGUGUGUGACACGUUCCGUAAGAUUGUGGAUAGCAAAUACUUCGGACGAGGAAUAAUGAUCGCUAUUCUCAUUAACACACUCAGCAUGGGCAUUGAGUUCCAUGAGCAGCCUGAUGAGUUGACAAAUGCUCUGGAAAUCAGUAAUAUCGUCUUCACCAGUUUGUUCGCACUGGAGAUGCUCCUGAAACUGCUGGUUUAUGGUCCUUUUGGCUACAUCAAGAACCCUUACAACAUCUUUGAUGGUAUUAUUGUGGUAAUCAGUGUCUGGGAGAUUGUUGGCCAGCAGGGAGGAGGUUUAUCGGUGCUGAGGACCUUCAGACUCAUGCGUGUGUUGAAGCUGGUCCGCUUUAUGCCCGCCCUGCAAAGGCAGCUGGUGGUCCUGAUGAAGACAAUGGACAAUGUUGCCACCUUCUGCAUGCUGCUAAUGCUUUUCAUAUUCAUUUUCAGUAUUCUAGGCAUGCACCUGUUUGGAUGUAAAUUUGGUUCUGAGAGAGAUGGAGACACACUUCCUGACCGCAAGAACUUUGACUCUUUGCUGUGGGCCAUUGUAACAGUUUUUCAGAUCUUGACUCAGGAGGACUGGAAUAAGGUACUAUAUAAUGGGAUGGCCUCCACCUCUCCUGUGGCUGCUCUGUACUUCAUCGCCCUCAUGACUUUUGGAAACUAUGUCCUGUUCAACCUGUUGGUGGCUAUCUUGGUGGAAGGAUUCCAAACUGAGGGUGAUGCCUCAAAGUCGAAUUCUGAAGCAGACUUCCAUGCACGGAGCUUGGAGGAUGUUUCAGGACAUAAGAAGGAUCUGUCUGCAUCAUCUGUUGUGCCCAUCAAUGGCCAUGUGGAUUUGAAGAGCAGCCUGGCCCCUCCCCUCAUCACUCACACGGCUGCAACACCCAUGCCCAUCCCCAAGAUAGCAGGAGGAGGAGACCCGGUGCUAGGUGAUGAAUCCCGCAGAGGCAGCGGUGUCUCAAUGGAUCCCAAUGGCCAAGACAAAUCUCCAUCGAGUGUACGGAGCUCCCCAAAUGCCCCCUGGAGUUCAGCCAGUAGCUGGAACAGCAGGCGCUCCAGCUGGAAUAGCCUGGGCCAAGUCCCCAGCCUCAAGAGGCAGAAACGCCAGUCUGGCGAACGGCGCUCCUUGCUUUCUGGCGAUGACCAGUCCAGCUCCGAUGAGGGAGAUGCAGGAGAGAGCGCAGGCGGCGGGGGCAUGUCCGAGGGUGAUGAUGCCUCCCUCGCCAGGACGGACUCCCUGAGCCAGAGGCCUCGGCACAGGCGCAUGGAAUCCCUGGAGACACGCAGCUCAUUUGAUCUGCCUCCAGACACCCUGCAGGUGCCAUACAUGUAUCGUUCAGCCAGCAUACACAGCACCCGGCCACCCAACUUCCUCAGCAAUGGCAAGAGUUCUCCAUCUGCAGCCACCACACAGCUUUCUCUAGAUGAACACCAGAGCGAGGAUGACAAUGCAGAUGAUGAAGGAAACCUGAGUCGGAUAGCUCGUCUCUACCGCUGGCUGGAGCACAAGCAGCCCCAGUGGUGUCGGGAGAGGGUCACCUGGUCUCUUUACCUGUUCCCCCCUCAAUCACGGUUUCGUGUGACCUGCAAUAAAAUCAUCAGUCACAAGAUGUUCGACCAUGUGGUUCUUAUCAUCAUCUUUCUCAACUGCAUCACUAUCGCCAUGGAGAGGCCCAGAAUCGACCCCUCCAGCGCUGAACGCAUCUUCCUGACGUUGUCCAACUACAUAUUUACUGCCAUCUUUGUGACUGAAAUGACAAUAAAGGUGGUCGCUUUGGGCUGGUGUUUCGGGAAGAAGACCUACCUGAAGAGCAGCUGGAAUAUUCUCGAUGGUAUGCUGGUGAUGAUCUCUGUGAUCGACAUCCUGGUAUCCUUGAUCUUCAACAGCGGCACUAAGAUCCUGGGAAUGCUUCGGGUGCUGCGCUUACUGAGGACCCUGCGUCCGCUCAGAGUGAUCAGCAGAGCUCCAGGACUGAAGCUGGUUGUUGAGACACUGAUGUCAUCACUCAAGCCUAUCGGGAACAUUGUAGUUAUCUGUUGUGCCUUUUUCAUUAUUUUUGGCAUCUUGGGAGUUCAGCUUUUCAAAGGAAAGUUCUUUGUGUGUCAGGGGGAGGAUACGAGGAACAUCACCAACAAGUCUGAUUGCCUCCAGGCUAGCUACAAAUGGGUCAGGCACAAGUACAACUUUGAUAACCUGGGGCAGGCCCUCAUGUCCCUUUUUGUUCUGGCUUCUAAAGACGGUUGGGUGGACAUAAUGUACGACGGACUGGAUGCUGUCGGUGUCGAUCAGCAGCCCGUCAUGAAUUACAACCCAUGGAUGCUGCUCUAUUUCAUCUCCUUCUUGCUGAUCGUGGCUUUCUUUGUGCUCAACAUGUUCGUUGGCGUGGUGGUUGAGAACUUCCACAAGUGCCGGCGGCACCAGGAGGCCGAAGAAGCCAAACGGCGGGAAGAGAAGCGCCUUAAACGCAUGGAGAAAAAAAGAAGGAAUGUAAUGCUGACCGGUGUCAGUUGGUCCAGUCCCGAUCACACACAAGAAGCCCAGAGUAAACCCUAUUACUCAGAUUACUCCCCUACACGGCUUCUCAUCCACAAGAUGUGCACCAGCCACUAUCUGGACCUGUUCAUCACGAUUGUCAUCGGGCUCAACGUCAUCACCAUGUCCAUGGAGCACUACCAACAAUCUAAGGUUCUGGACGAGGCUCUGAAGAUCUGCAACUACAUUUUCACAAUCAUAUUUGUCCUAGAGUCCGUCUUCAAGCUUGUUGCUUUUGGAUUUCGACGCUUCUUCAAGGACAGGUGGAACCAGUUGGAUCUUGCCAUUGUUCUGUUGUCUAUUAUGGGCAUAACACUGGAAGAAAUUGAGGUCAACGCUUCCCUUCCCAUCAACCCCACCAUCAUUCGCAUCAUGAGGGUGCUUCGGAUCGCACGUGUGCUGAAGCUACUCAAGAUGGCAGUGGGAAUGCGAGCUCUGCUAGACACUGUGAUUCAGGCACUGCCUCAGGUGGGGAAUCUGGGUCUUCUCUUCAUGUUGCUUUUCUUCAUCUUCGCUGCUCUGGGAGUGGAGCUGUUUGGUGACCUGAUAUGUGAUGAUCUGCACCCCUGUGAAGGUCUCGGCCGUUAUGCCACGUUCAAGAAUUUUGGCAUGGCUUUCCUUCUGCUGUUCCGUGUAUCCACCGGGGACAACUGGAAUGGCAUUAUGAAGGACACGCUCAGAGACUGCUCCCAAGAUACAGGCAUCUGCUACAACACAGUGGUGUCCCCCAUUUACUUUGUGUCCUUCGUUCUGACGGCUCAGUUUGUGCUGGUCAAUGUGGUGAUCGCUGUGCUCAUGAAACACCUGGAGGAAAGCAACAAAGAGGCCAAGGAGGAGGCUGAGCUGGAAGCCGAGAUGGAGCUUGAGCUGGAGGCUGUGGGUGGAGAUGGAGGAAUAUCCCGAGGGCACAUGCCACCUUUGGGACAUGGUGACAUCGGUGGACAGGGAGGGUCACCUUGGAUCUCAAGAGACUCUCGAGAUAUCUCGGGACCUCUUUACCCCACAGACAGCCCACCUGCAGACAUACGCAGAGACUCUGAAGAUCACAUGAAGACUGAUCCCGAUCCUCCUCAUAAUUUGGAGCCGCCAUUAGAGCGGAGGCCUAUGUUUGACUCAGUUUCCCUGGUGAUCCAGGGCUCAUUGGAAGGAGAGCUCAGCCUCAUGGACAACCUAUCCGGCUCCAUCUGCCACUACUACGCUCUGCCCCCCCUUCACAGCAAGCACUGCACUGAGAAACAGAUUCCUCUAGCCGAGAUGGAGGCUCUGUCUCUGGCGUCGGAGAAAUCCUGGUCCUUAGCUCUGACGGAUGACUCUGUCCCAGAUGAUUUUAACCCCCUCUUACUAACCAGUCAGGAGUGCAAUACCACAGCUCCAGCAGAUCCCACAGACCCCCAGCAGCCAGACAAGCCAGCGGAUGAGCACUUACUGUACGUGAAGAAGACCUCAGUGGGCCGCACACAUUCUCUGCCCAAUGACAGUUACAUGUUCCUGCCGUUGCAGCCCAACUCAACCCACAGCACUCACACAACCUCACCUCACCUCGCUCAAACAGGCUCUACAGGCUCUAUCCAGUCUCAAACAGAAGAACCCACAAAGCACUUGACUGUGCCCACCGAUCUAUUCAGACCGAUCAGUCCCCAUAGCCUAUCAGACUCAGAGAGCAUCCCACGAAUCCCCCCACCUCGCCGGGCACACACUCUCACGCGAACCCUACGCAGACAGGUGGCAGUGAGUGCUGACUCUCAGGAGACUCUAUACACAGAGGGAGGGGAAAACGAGGGUCCCCUGGGGCCCAGGGAACUGUCGGACCCCCCUGUCAACCAUCCACCUCAGCAGCAGCACCAGCCUUCCCUCUUCCUGGUUCCUGCCACACCAGGCGCCUCCCCAAAACCAUUGCGACCUAGCGUCCACACGCAGCACAACCCCUACGACCAGUAUAAUGUGUUCUCCAGUCGUUCCUGCUCUCCGCCCCUCUCAUCCCCGGCCGCCAGGAAGCAGGAGGAAACAGACUCUGUGGAUCAGGAGGUAUCCAGAAUCAUCCAGGCAGGACUUGCUGGGAGGAGCGACGAUGGGAUCGGAGAAGGGACAGGAGAUCAAGGUGCAAGACGUCAGCUUAAGAAGUACCACAGCGUGGACACUCAGGGCCAACGAUCUCUGCUGUUACCACGGCCCUUGUCCUGGCUUGAGGACCCACGUCGGCACUCCAUCGAGGUUUAUUCGUCCGUGCAAAGCAGUCCCCAGUGCAGUUCAAUCUCCUCUGGCUUCGUCUCACGUGCCGAUAGCCUCCAGCAACAGUCCUCACCACGCAGCCGCAAGAAGAAGAUGAGUCCGCCGUGCAUUUCUGUGGAUCCACCCGAAGGUUCCGAGCUUCCGGGAGGCUUUCAUGCUGCUCUGGGGAUGGUGCCACCCCCGUUGCCAAUUCGGGACACUUGCCUGAGGAGGCGAGCUCAUUCCAGUGACUCCAAAGACUCAUUUGAUUUGGGUGGAGGAGGAGAUGGGCUGCCUCACGAGGGCGUCCCGAACUGCAAGCUAUUGACUCUGCCUAGCUUGUCUUUUGAGAAAACAAGCUCUGAGCACUGAACACUUGACUUACCCAUUCACACACACACACACACAUGCACACACAUGACACGAUGCACUCUGUGUAUCCGUGAUGGUGAUAGUAAUAGUAAUAAUAUCUUAGAGAGUAAUAAUGCUAGAUGCAACAAUGGUGAAUACUCCAUGAUCAUGAGGAAUAGAAACUAUACCUUGUAUUUUUUUCGCUACUGCCAAAAGAACACACAAAGACAUUUUGCUGAGGAUUAAACAAGUCAAUAACGGGACUCUCUCCCCUCAAAGAUGCCAGCGGAUCUGUUUGGCAACCUCAUGACCUUCUUGUGGAGGUGAGCGCAGAGCCCGGGGGAGGGCGUCCCCUACUGACCCUUGUGAAGACUUCACAGCACUGUAUUGCUGAACUCCCUAAAGGGCACUGAUGAAGGUAUAAAGCAAUAUGAACGUUUUAGAGACACUAUUUUCUUAAAUUAUUGGAUGUCGUUUUUUUUUUUUUUCAAUUUUUGUUAUAGUUUUGUCUUUUUGUGAUUUUUCUCUUUUUCUCAAUGUUUAAAUCAUUUGUUGUUUGCUUUAUUUUUUCACCAUAGAAUUUUUUUAGCCUUCUUGUUUUAACAAAGACAAAAAGAAAGAAAACAUUUUUCAAAAUGCUGGGAUCCAUGUAUUUGUAGGGAUAAUGUUCUUAUUAUUAUUAAUAAUAAUGAUGAUCUAAUAUAUCUCUUUAAAAUAAAGCAUUAAACAGCUCUUUGUUUUUUAAGCACAAGCAUUAGACUGGUGUGCCCUGACUAAAGAGUCUCUUGAACACAUCUGCAGAAAGGAUUGCGCGCUACUCUAAUGGAAGGGAACAAAUACUUGAAUUAAUUGAAUUCAUGAAGCAGAAAAUCACUGCAAAACACACUCAAGGCAUAGAAAACCAGAGAAGCAUUUCUUUUACAUUUCAUUGGAACUCUGGUUUAAUUUCAGAUUGUUUUUGGCACAUUUUUGAACACCAGCUUAAUCUAGUUAAAUAAAUGCUAUAUUAUCAGUACAGCUCAUACAAUAUUUGUGUGAAAUUUUAACAUUAAAAAAAAUCUGAGAAAACAUUUGAAGAUUUUGUCAUUAAAGAAGUCUCAAGAACUUUGUUCUUGAAUUAAAAUGUUGAGAGGACUUUUUUUCCAUUUUGCUUGGCAGAUCGGUCUGCAAUGUAGGACCAGCAAAAAGAAAUGUGACAUGACUCAAAGGGCCCUAUCUUGCACCCAGCGCAAUUGACUUUGUACACCGACGCAUGUGU